GGAGAUGGAACGGGUCACUCGCGGAUCGUGAAGGCUUUUGACAUUUCCCCCCUUGCAACUUCAGUCUCGGACUGCAUGGAGGUGAUUGAAACAAAUCGCCAAAUGUGGAGUAAUGGAGGACCUACACUUCCAGAAGGAACUAUUCGUUUCUUUACGGAUGGUUCAAAAAUGGGCACUUCUACUGGAGCUGGAGUCUUCGGUCCUCGAACCAGGGAAACCAUAUCUAUGGGAAAGUGGCCUACCGUUUUUCAAGCAGAAGUGUAUGCCAUACACAUCUGUGCGAGGACGUGUAUUAUGAGAAAUUAUAGACACGCAAAAAUCGGUAUUUUCUCGGAUAGCCAAGCUGCACUAUUGGCAUUAAAAUCCUCUAAAUGCGAAUCCAAACUUGUUUGGGAGUGCGUCGCUUCCCUAAGGGAACUUGCUUCUCGGCAUAACAGAGUGAUGCUGUUUUGGGUCCCAGGGCACUGCGGCAUUGAAGGCAACGAAAUGGCUGAUGAACUUGCCAGACAAGGCUCAUCAAACAUCUUCGUGGGUCCCGAGCCGUUCCUUGGAAUCUCAAAAUGUGCCGUGAAGCAAGAAAUAACUAAUUGGGGACAAUUGCAAAUCGCUUCAAUCUGGGGCGAGAUGCGAGGAUUGAGACAAGCUAAAACUUUUAUCACUCCAAGUCCUUCAAUUGCCAGGAAACUUCUUGGCUUAAACCGUAGGGAACUACGAAUACUCGCAGGGCUUCUAACAGGACAUUGUCCUGCCAGAUAUUACCUGCACAAAAUCGGCAGGUGGCCUAACAACCUCUGUCGUUUUUGUUUAACUGAGCUGGAAAGCUCGGCACAUUUACUCUGCUUCUGCGGAGCACUUGUGUCUCGAAGGCUGCGGUUCUUUGGAUCGCACCUUCUUACGCCGUACGAUGUAUGGCACCACACCCAUCCCAAGAAGGUCAUACAGUUCAUCGACUGUAUUGCGCCGGAUUGGGAUAAACCAUGUCUGCAAAAUAACCCCUCGUCUUCCGAUCCAAUGGAUACGAGUAAUUUGUAGUAUGGACAGUAACCAGGGUACAUCACAAAAGAUAGCCUUCUCAGGUGGUCGCAGUGAAUUUAA